CCAUGUCAUCUUGGCUGGUCAUCACCGAGGACAGUAAUGUAGUGCAGUCACAGGGCCUGUCUGUGUCUAGCACCUAAAUGUGAGAGACGAGUCACGUGCAGCACGGGCACUUCUCUUCGUCUCCACGUGCCACUGCCUCUUGCUCACGUGUCUGACUGAGGGUGCUUGCCAGGCAGGGAUAUACGAUGUCAAGGAAGAGGACACAAAGGACCAUGCUCGACUGCUGGACGACAAAGGCAAAGAAGACACAUACUGAGGACAGGUGAGGCCCCCUAAGGAAAUCGCGACGUAGCUUCGCGAAACUGUAACAGUAACUGUAACUAUUUGUAGCAGCUUGUGUGAGACUGAUUCAGAUGCCGAGAACACUGUGUUGGAAGAAGGACUGAAUCAUGUGCCGGAUAGUCCUCAGGAAUCCCACAGUGACAUUGAGUCUGCAAGUUGUGCCGACAGAUCGAGUCAGGGCCCUCCUCUUGCAGCACGUCUUCUACUUGCGGGAGAUUCAUAUGUAGACAGCGUACCCAGGAAUCAAGAUGCGGACAGUGAGGUAGCUUUUCGGAAUGAUCUGACGGAAUCUGGAGAGUGCGUGCUUGAUUGCUGUACGGAUGACAUCAACGACCCCUGCCAAGUUAGAAAUCCCGAGAUUAUAUCGCAGUCCCGCAAACGACAGGGAAGUAAAUACCGUCAAUUUCAACCAGUUUGGUACGAGAGAUACCCGUGGCUAGUGCUAUGCAUGACGAAACUAAAAGCGUUUUGUCAUUUGUGUAAGUAUUGCACUAAGAAUAAGCUACUAGAGCACCCUUCUGACAGCGCUUUUGUGAGCUUGGGGUAUGACAACUGGAAAAAGGCUCUAGAACGGUUUCAACGGCAUGCAGACUGCCUCUCCCACAAAGAGGCUGCAAAGAAAGUCAUGCAAAUACAGCGCCCAGGAAUAGAUUGCUUGCUUGACGGUCAGUGCCUAAAAAGUCAGCAGCUGCACAGGAGGAUGCUGUACACUGUGCUAUCAAGUCUCCGGUUUUUAGUUCGACAAGGGCUGGCCAUUAGAGGGCAUGACGAGAUGGAGAGCAAUCUCAUGCAGCUGUUACUCCUCCGUUGUGAUGACAUUCCUGAUCUGAAACGGUGGUUGCACGAAAAAAGGUUUCUUUCGAGCGAUAUCAGCAAUGAAGUUGUCAAGAUUAUGAGCAAUCGGCUUCUAAGAGGGCUACUGCAAGACAUCAGGGACACUUCGUAUUUCUCACUAAUUGUAGAUGAAGCCACAGAUACCUGUCAUCAAGAGCAACUAAGCAUCUCCGUUAGAUGGGUUGACGAUGUCUUUGAAAUCCAUGAAACUGUGAUUCAGCUGAUCAAUGUUCCCAAGACUGAUUCUGCAACGUUGACUGCUUGCAUCAAAGACUGUUUAGUGCGACUAGGCCUGCCUUUGAGUCAAUGUCGAGGUCAAGCGUAUGAUGGGGCCGCCAACAUGAGUGGCCAUAUACGAGGCGUUGCAGCACAAAUUCAAGAAAUAGAACCUACUGCUGUAUAUGUUCAUUGCUUGGCUCACAGCACUAAUCUAAGUCUUCAAGCAGUUGGAAAGAAUGUGCUUCCAAUUCGGGAUGCCUUAGAUUUGGUUAUGGAAGUUGGCCAACUUAUUCGAUUUUCUCCCAAACGAUCUUCCUUGUUCAGCUCACUACAGGAACAGAUGAGCCCUGGAAGCCCUUCUUUAAAACCGCUGUGCCCAACUCGAUGGACGGUGCGUACUCGAGCUAUUGAGGCAGUUAUAGCUAACUACGGUGUGCUGACCGAGGCUCUAACAGAAAUUCACGACAAUGGACGUGAUGAAUAUGCUUUGAAAGCAGGAGGUUAUCUUACUGCUAUGGAACGUUUCAGCACCUAUUUUGGCCUCAAGUUGUCCCAUUUGGUGUUCUCAGCCACUGAACAGCUGUCUGUUUCAUUGCAGAGUAAAAACACGACUGUCCAAGAAGCCAUUGGGUGUGCCGAUGUCACAAAAAAGUUCUUGCAAGACCAACGAAAUGAUCGCAAGUUUGAGGCAUUCUAUUUGAGGGUUGUUGAAGAAGCCAAAGACCUUGCUUCAGAGCCUACCUUACCAAGACAUAAACGGCGUCCCCAAAGAAUUGAGUUUAGUUCUUGUCCAGGCCACAGAUUUGAGGAUGCAAAGUCAUAUUUCAGACAUCAAUAUUUUGAAGUUCUUGAUACAGCUUGUGGUGAACUGGAAAGGCGAUUUCAACAAAGAGGUGGAAUGUCUGUCGCUGCAACUCUUGAGAAGCUCUUCCUCGAUGCAUCAAAUGAGCAGAGGAUUGUGGGCGACUUUCCUGAAGAAAUUCGGCAAUAUUCCAAUGAUGUCAAUCUUCAGAACCUUCAAGUACAGCUUCAGAUGUUGCCUAAUCUUAUCAAAACCUAUAACCAGAUGCAUCCCUCCACUGCUAUCAAGAGAGUUACAAGUCUCCGAACCUUGUGUGAAGUCAUUCAAAGUAUCUCAGGUAGCAGGAUCAUGUUUAGUGAAGUUUGUCGUUUGCUGCAUAUUGCUUUAACUAUCCCGGUAACAUCUGCCACUGCUGAGCGAUCAUUCUCUGUUUUGCGCCGCUUGAAGACCUACUUACGAUCGACGAUGUCACAACAGCGUUUGAAUCAUCUACUGCUGCUGCACAUCCACAAGGACAGGACCGACACGAUAGAUUUAGUGUCUAUUGCGAAGGAGUUUAUUUCGAUUAAUGAAAGAAGACUAAGCUAUUUUGGUAAAAUCUAAGUAUGUUUUAUGUUGCUUAGUAUUCCUAGGCAUAGAGUUAGCAGUGUUCUUGGAUUUCUAUGGCCUGACAAA